GGUGGCGCAGCGGUUAGCGCCACGCUACGAACCCUCGGCCACGCGAGUUCGAUUCCCGCUCACGAUUAUUUGGACCGGUCCUGGGUUCCUCCCCAAAGGUCGACUCAAAGGAAUAACUGGUGCGGUGUUUAAACUUCACCACUGGGGAGACAAAGGCGGCCGGGCGUGGUGCUGGUGUUCACCCACCCGCCCUGUGUACCGUGCGGGCUUUCAUGGGUGCUACUCGCUAACAGCACUUGCGGGGGUAGUGGAUCUUUGUCUAUUAUGUAUUUGCGGGUAUUGCAGUUACUGGGCGUGUGUGCAUAAUGUGUGUGCGGCUGUAUGUACCGCAGUCACUGUGUGUUAAUGUGAGUGUGCGUGUGUGUGUGUGUGCAUUAUGUAUGUGCGGGCGUGCUGAUGAUGCACGCUUGUCUGAGCCUGAUCAGCUGAUACGCAUCUGCAGCUCUUGGGGUUGAAUGGUCGGGAUUGGUAUGGGCGGAUCUGGGCUUAAGCCACGGAAUAAUGACCCGGCAUAAAUACCUUGUUCAGCGUUUGCUGGGAUUAGCAGGGUUUUCUGGGCAUGUGUUCGAAACUGUUUAAGGCUGCAGUCUAUUUGUUUUUUUUUCAGGGAUUUUUUUGGGGGCUUUCUAAACAUUGUCGAGGUUCCAAUUUGCACAGGGGGUGGUGACCGGAUGGCUGUUUUUUUGGGAGUUGAAUUCAAAUCGUGACAUUUAUUAGCAAGCGUCAGAGAAAAAAAAAUCGUCGCGUCUGAUGUCAUCCGCAAUUACAGCCACCUAUGUUUGUGUUGUCUGCCCCUGCCCCCUUUAUGCUUCCUGAUAUAGCUGCCGGUGGCGUCUAUUAAUUACCCACGGUCUCAAGUGUCCAGUGUUACACAACACGACCUGCAUCAAAUACAAUACCCGCACGCUGAUUGCUGCGGCAAAUGUCACUCUUUAAUUCCAGCCUGUCUGCGCGGAGCUGCAACGCAGGAGAUCGGACUCUUUGUUUAGAGGAACUGUGAAGCUCUUUCCACAGAUGGGGCCAGUAUGGGCACUGGGUCAGCAAGUUACAGCAACAAACAAUACAACAAAAACCGGAUUGGAGUGAAAAAUAAAGAAAAUGGAUGGCUGCCUGCCUUCGGGCCUGAACCCAUGUGCUAAGGCUUGGCAGAGCCCUCCAGCGGGAGCAGCUGGCCCAGCUACAGCUGGAAGUGAGCCCUCCGGCAAUGGCCUGGACGCACCCAACGAUCAAAGUUCAAAGAGCCCUGUUAACGGGCUGGACGGUGGCAGCAGCAGUGCCAAUGGCCAAGUGAAGGAUGUCAUGCAGUGUGCUGUGGAUUCACCCCUGGCCGAUUCAUUUAAAUCGCACAUGCACGUUGCCAGAGAUGCAGGACAGGGAGAGCAAGCGGAGUCUCUGCCCGUGCUGUGUGGGGAGGAGCUCCGGGAGGCUCUGCGGAAACAGCUGGAGUAUUACUUCUCCAGGGAGAACCUGGCCAAGGACUUGUACCUGGUAGCCCAGAUGGACGGCGAGCACUACGUGCCCAUAUGGACCAUCGCCAAUUUCAACCAGGUCAAACGGCUGACCACCGACAUGGACCUCAUCGUCGAGGUCCUCAGAUCCUCAGCGAUUGUUCACGUCGAUGAGAAGGGGGAGAAGGUGAGGCCCAACCACGCGCGCUCCGUCGUCAUCCUGCGAGAGAUUCCCGAGAGCACUCCUGUCGAGGAGGUAGAAGCGAUAUUCAGCAGUGAGAACUGCCCCAAGCUGAGCAGCUGUGAGUUUGCUCACAACAGCAACUGGUACGUGACCUUCGACUCAGACGAGGAUGCCCAGCAGGCGUUUAAAUUCCUCCGAGAAGAGGUGAAGACAUUUCAAGGCAAGCCCCUCUUGGUCCGCAUCAAGGCGAGGCCCGUGGCGCUUGCGUCGGCACCACCGAAGAAAGGCUACCCGCUGAUGGGGAGCGGCAGCCUUCAGCCGGCGCCCCAGUUUGUGGUGCCGCUGUUCGUGCAGCCCGUGUACAGCCCCCAGGGCGCUCAGCCGCAGUACUCCCUCUACGGGGUCCCAGCCGCGGGAUGGACCACGGCCCAACCCUACGUGGAUGCGUCUCUGGCACCUUACUCCAGCAUGGGUUAUAUGAAUGGAUACACAUACCCGGGAACGUUCAAAACCAGUGCACUUUUGCCGAAUGGAACAAGACAGCACUUUUGGAGAAGCAGAAUGGGCCAAUCGCACAGAAAGAUGCCCCAAACUUACAGGCAAAACGGCAAGAACGCGAACGCCGUGCCUUCCGGCGGCUUCGCUAUCGAGGCCGAAGCCCCUUUGUCGAGUGAGCGGGGAGAGGCGUCGGCCCGCACCGAGGUGGCGGCUGGGUCAGGGAGGACCUGGCGCGGACGGAGAGACUCGCACCCCGCUUGGGGGGAGCACCCCGCCGCCACUGCCACCGCUGCCGCUGAGGAAGCCUUCGCGCCCACAGGGAGGGGAAGACGCACCAGCUACAGGGGAGAAGACGAAAUGACGAUCGUCCAAUUGGCGGACAGCAGCUUCAGACGAGCGAGCCGGCGAGCCCGGCGAUGUCGCGCUUCGAGCUGGCCGCCUCCAGCUUCCCCCCGCUGCUGCCCGCCACUCCCGACAAGCCACACGCCGCGACGAGCGCCGCCGCCACCGCCGCUGCCACUGCCAAGCCAAAGGCGGAGGGAGGCGGCUCCUCCUCCCAGCCUGCCGUCCCCGCGGGGAAGCCGCAGCCGGCCACGACCAAAGCUGAAGAGGUUCCAGGCGUGUCGCCCCCACCCUCCUCCCCAUGCAAAACCCAAACAGCACAGAUCCCCGUGCCCAGACCCAGCUUGCCAUCCGCAUGCAGUGCCAGCCCACAGUCCAGCCUUGAGAGAAGCAAACCCGCCAGCCCUCAGCCAGCUGCUGUGGAGGUUCCAUUGACAGCGACUGAGCAGGAGAAGGACUGCACGACUACAGCCAAGGCCAAGCCACCUGCAGAGCCACAACCCGGCAGCACAGACACGCAGCUGAAGAGGCUUAGCUACGCUCAGGUCUGCCAGCGCGUCUCAAAGGAGUUCCCGGCACCGCUCGUUGAUCCUCUUCUGCAGCCCGGCGAAGAGGAGCCGCCGGCAGAGGCGGGGACGGCCGAGGGCAGCGGGGCCUCGGCAAAGACCGGCGAUGGCCACGCUCGU